AUGGCCGUUCAGUCUAAACUGCUACCGCCCGAACGUUCCGUCAAGCAAAUCCUCUCCAGCCUCACAUCCCUCUACCUCCGAAAUCGCACCCGCAUCUCGCGCAGCGUAUAUCUCGCCUUCUUUUUUGCUUUAGCCAAACGAAUUCAUAAUGCUAUCUCGGAGCAGAAAGCCGCGUCGCAGCAGGUCGAGCUACGGCGCCGACCCGGCACUAGCAGCCUCGGCGACGAACAACCCCGCAAGAAACGCGUGGAGAUAAACCGGGAAUUCUUCAAGAGCCUACUUCGCUUGCUGAAGAUUGUGAUUCCCGGAUGGCGGAGUAAGGAGUUCCGUCUAGUGCUGAGCCACAGCGUGUUUCUGGUACUGCGCACGCUGUUGAGUCUGUAUGUUGCCGAGUUGGACGGCAGACUUGUAAGCAACUUGGUGCGCGGCAAAGGGAAGGACUUCCUACUCGGAUUGUUCUGGUGGAUGAUUGUGGCUGUCCCUGCUACGUUCACGAAUUCUAUGCUCUCAUAUCACCAGUGCAGACUCGCUCUCAGCUACCGGAAGCGCUUGACGGACUAUAUCCACGAAAAAUACUUGUCUAACAUGACCUUUUAUGCCAUAUCGGCCUUGGAUGAUCGGAUCAAGAAUCCUGACCAGCUUGUCACAGUUGAUGUCUCCCGUUUCUCGGAUAGUCUAGCAGAGCUGUACUCUAAUCUGGCCAAGCCAGUGCUUGAUAUGGCCAUCUACAACUACUCCCUCUCCAAGAACGUUGGAGGCGAAGGACUGUUUAUCAUGAGUCUGCUUGUGCAGCUGUCGGCAAAUGUCAUGCGCAUGCUUACUCCGCCAUUUGGCAAAUAUGUCGCUGACGAGGCUCGUCUGGAGGGCGAAUUCCGUUUCCUUCAUUCGCGGCUUAUUGACUACAGCGAAGAGGUAGCACUUUAUCACGGCCACGAGGCCGAGAAGGAUACUCUGGACAAGGGCUACUUCACUCUGAUCAAGCAUGUGAACCGCAUCUUGCGCCGACGACUAUACCACGGCUUUAUGGAAGACUUUGUGAUCAAAUACUUCUGGGGUGCCUUGGGCUUGAUGCUGUGCAGUGUGCCUGUCUUCUUCAAGAUUCCUGGGCAGACUAUUCCUAGUAUGGGUGAUCAUACAGAGAGCUUCGUUACGAACCGUCGAAUGUUGCUCUCUUCGUCCGACGCUUUCGGUCGCUUGAUGUUCUCAUACAAGGAAAUUUCGGAACUGGCUGGCUAUACCUCACGAGUCUCUUCCUUAUUGGAAGUCAUGGAUGAUUUACUCGCGGGACGGUUCGAGAAGAAGCUAGUAUCAUCUGCCUCCACAGAAGAGAAUGCCGAAGUUCUUUCUGGCAGAGGCGAAGUACUGGAAAGCGAUGCUAUUGAGUUCACGGACGUGCCAAUUGUGUCGCCUAACGGUGACGUCCUCGUGCGAAAGCUCUCCUUCACAGUCAAUCCUGGUGAUCAUCUUUUGAUUGUCGGACCUAAUGGCUGCGGUAAAUCGUCUCUGUUCCGGAUCCUUGGCGGGCUCUGGCCGGUAUACGGAGGUACUGUGAAGAAGCCCCGCUUCGACGAUAUCUUUUACAUUCCCCAGCGGCCAUAUCUAUCUCGUGGUACUCUGCGGCAGCAGGUAAUUUAUCCGGAUGGUGUCCGCGAGAUGCGUGCCAAGGGCAUCACUGAUGAUGACCUCUACGAGGUCUUGUCUGUGGUUGAAAUCGCGUCUGUCGUAGACCGCCCUGGAGGCUGGGAUGCGGAAGAAGAAUGGCGAGAUGUUUUGUCCGGCGGCUUGCAGCAGCGCAUUGCCAUGGCUCGUCUGUUUUACCAUCGGCCCAAGUUUGCGAUUCUGGACGAGUGCACUUCCUCAGUAACUUUGGAGAUUGAGAAGGUCAUGUACGAGACGGCGAAGAAACUCGGCACCACGCUCAUGACUGUCUCACACCGCCGCAGUCUCUGGAAAUAUCACCAGAAGAUUCUUCAAUUUGACGGACAGGGUGGCUAUAUCUUCACUGGAUUGGAUUGGGAGCGACGCUUGAAGCUUGAAGAUGAGAAGGAAGAGUUGGAUCUACAGCUACGGGCUGUACCGGAAUUACAACGCCGGGUGGUCGAGUUGACGGCGAACUAG